AUGAUAAAGAAUACAGUAAAGAGUCUAGUUGGUAUCUCUUCAAGAAAUAUCAACUCUGCUGCAUUGUGUAGCCAUGUAAAUAAAUCAUCAUUCAUCACAAAGAGACAAUAUGCUACCCUUUCUACUCCUUCUAAUGCUGCUGAAAUGGUUCAACCAAUUUAUUUAGAUAUGCAAGCAACUACACCAAUAGAUCCAAGAGUAUUAGAUGCAAUGUUACCUUUAUAUACUGAGAGUUAUGGUAAUCCUCAUUCAAAGACUCAUCAAUAUGGUUGGACUUCAAAUGAUUAUGUAGAAAAUGCAAGAGAACAAGUAUCAAAGACAAUUAAAGCAGAUCCAAAAGAGAUUAUAUUUACAUCAGGUGCAACUGAAUCAAAUAAUAUAGCAAUUAAAGGUGUUGCAAGAUUCUACAAGGAGAAAAAGAAUCAUAUCAUCACUACAGAGACUGAUCAUAAAUGUGUAUUGGAUUCAUGUCGUCAUUUAGAGACUGAAGGAUUCGAGGUAACCUAUCUAAAGGUGAAACAAAACGGUAUCAUUGAUUUGGAGGAACUUGAAAAUGCAAUUACACCACAAACUAGUUUGGUCAGUAUCAUGGCCGUCAACAAUGAAAUCGGUGUCAUUCAACCACUCAAAGAGAUUGGUGCCAUCUGCAAAAAGAAGGGUACCUUUUUCCACACUGAUGCAGCUCAAGCUGUCGGCAAGAUCAAGAUGGACGUCAACGAGAUGAACAUUGACCUCUUGUCUAUAUCUGGACACAAGUUGUACGGACCAAAGGGUAUUGGUGCCCUCUACCUCCGUCGUCGUCCACGUGUUAGAGUCGAGUCAAUCAUUAGUGGUGGUGGACAAGAACGUGGUAUCCGUUCAGGUACCCUCCCAUCGACAUUGAUCACUGGGUUUGGAAAGGCAUGUCAAAUUGCAAUGGACGAGAUGGAACGUGAUAAAAAGUGGAUCAAGUUCCUCUAUGACCGUCUUUUGGCUGGUAUCACUGCCAAUAUUACACACGUCAAGAUCAAUGGUGACGAGGAGCUUCGUUACUAUGGCAAUUUGAAUAUCUCGUUUUCCUAUGUCGAGGGUGAGAGUUUGUUGAUGGCCAUCAAGGAUGUCGCAUGCUCUAGUGGUAGUGCCUGUACAUCUGCCUCUCUCGAACCAUCCUAUGUAUUGCGUUCACUCGGUCUCGAAGAAGAUAUGGCCCACUCUUCGAUUCGUUUUGGUAUUGGCCGUUUCACUACCGUCAAGGAAAUUGAUUACACUAUCGAAUUACUUUCAAAACAAGUUCAACGUCUAAGAGAUAUGUCUCCACUUUGGGAAAUGGUUCAAGAAGGUAUUGAUUUGAAAACUAUUGAAUGGAGUCAACAUUAA